AUGAGACUAGAGCCUCAAACUCUCUCUUCUUUGUCCACAGAUGAAGAGCUCGACUUAAAACCCGUUGCCUCCGGCAUAUCGGUCGCCACCGCUUCGAGUAGUGGCUUACGUGCGGGUCAUUCAAAGACGAUCCCCGGUAACCUCGUCUUAAAUGGUGGUCACAAUCAGAAAAAUGGCGGUUCAUGCCCGGCCUCCCCGGGUGGUCAAUACCUACGCCACGGACCCGUUAAAUUGCCCGUUAAAGUCACUAAUAUUACGACCGCUCAUCAAGUCUCUGACACUUUAUAUCAGUCUUCAAAGGCGAUAUCGUGUAGCAAUCACGCCUGUAUGGGCUCUAUUAUGUCUCAACCCAUGCCCUCUAAUACUUCGAGAAAUAAAGAGGAUAUACUGGACCAGGCCGUCGAGUUCUUGGAACAGUACUUCAUCCACCUCAAAAAACCAAGUUCAUCGGAAUUGGCGCAAAGGUUGGCCGAAAUAGCGACAGAGAUAGAGCGCACCGGCACUUACCACAUGAGUACUGAAGAACUGCAUUUCGGCGCAAAGACUGCGUGGCGUAAUGCAGCAAGGUGCAUUGGACGCAUUCAGUGGAACAAACUGGAGCUACAGGAUGCCAGACAUGUCCGCACCACUCAAGAGAUGUUUGCCGCUCUCUGUCAACACAUCUCUUUCGCUACAAAUGAAGGAAAUUUGAAAUCAUUCAUAACUGUAUUUCCACAACGAAUUCCCGGGAGAGAUGACUACAGGGUGUGGAACAGUCAGCUCAUCAGUUAUGCCGGCUAUCAACAAGCGGAUGGGUCUGUGAUCGGAGAUCCCGGGCGAGUGGAGUUCACACGAAUGUGUCAGCGACUCGGAUGGAAAGGCAAAAAUGGAAGGUUCGAUGUGUUGCCGAUCGUUGUCUCAGCCCCGGAAGAAGGGGUCAAAUACUACGAGAUUCCGGACGAUAUCAUACUGCGAGUGAAGUUACAUCACCCGCACUAUCAGUGGUUUGAAGGGCUGGGGCUCGAGUGGUACGCUUUGCCCGCCGUCGCGGAAAUGAUGUUUGAUUGCGGAGGUCUUCAGUUCACUGGAUGUCCGUUCAAUGGCUGGUAUAUGGGAACAGAGAUCGGGGCCCGAGAUUUCUGUGACCCCCAGCGCUAUAACAUAACAGAGAAAAUCGCAAAAAUGAUGGAAUUAGACGUCUCUAACGCCUCGACUCUAUGGAAGGAUAAGGCAAUGCUUGAGAUGAAUGUUGCCGUCCUUUAUAGCUAUCAAAAGGCAGGGGUGACUAUCGUCGACCACCACUCGGCUUCCGAGUCCUUCAUUAAACACAUGCAAACAGAGUACAAACAAAGAGGUGGAUGUCCUGCAGAUUGGGUAUGGAUUGUGCCGCCAAUUAGUGGUAGUCUUACGCCUGUCUUCCACCAAGAAAUGCUUAAUUACAAUCUGAGACCGAGCUUUGAAUAUCAGGAUAAGGCGUGGAGGACUCAUAAAUGGAUGACAUCUUCAAUAAAACUAAAAUACAGCUUAACUUCUGUAGCGAAGGCGGCCCUUUGGACAGUUAGGUUGAUGAGUGGAAUUCUAUCCAAAAGAAUCAGAGCUACGAUUCUUUACGCCACAGAAACGGGAAAAUCUGAGAGUUUUGCUCAAAAAUUGGGAAAACUGAUGAAAAUGUCAUUUUCCGUGCAAAUAGUUUGUAUGGAAAACUAUAACUUUGAAAAUCUGUUCAAUGAAUCUCUGGUACUGUUUGUUGUGAGCACUUUUGGCAAUGGAGAGGCACCUGAUAAUGGAAAGGAAUUCUGGAGAAAUGUGAGCAAGGCUAAUCAAAUCCAACAAAACAAUGCCAUGAAAGAAGUGAAAUACGGUGUGUUUGCAUUGGGGUCCACACAAUACCCGUCAUUCUGUGCUUUCGGCAAAAAGAUCGAUAAAUUGCUUCAGAGUUGCGGCGCUACACAAGUGCUGCCCAUAGGACUGGGCGAUGAUCUUCGGGGUCAGGAGCAGACAUUCAACACAUGGGGUCACGAGUGCUACACCUCUUCGUGCGAGAAGUUCGACAUCAAUGUUAAUAACGAGAUAUCGAUCACCAGUUUCGAUGAGAAAGCAUACGAUCACCAAAAGGUGAGAGUGACUGAAGUGUUCGCGGAGACCAGUGAACACCAAAUACAUAAUGAAUUGGCGAGACUUCAUCGCAAGAAAAUCAUUUCGUGUAAAAUUAUAACACGAGUUAGGCUUCAGUCCAAACAGUCUGAGCGACAGACAAAUCUGGUCCGACUCUCACCUUCUAAUCACGUGUCAAAGAAUCUCUUCAAUUACGAACCGGGAGACCAUUUGGCUGUAUUCCCAUCCAAUCCUAAAGAGACAGUCAACGCACUGUUGGGUCACCUGACCAGAAGUGGCUAUAGUGACCCGGACUCUCCCAUCCAAUUGCAGCGACUGAUCGAUGGCAAAUGGGAGGCCGACUCACGACUACCCACCUGUUCGUUAAGAGUUGCGUUCACAAGAUAUCUCGAUAUCAGUUCCCCUCCCAGUCAACGAUUCCUCAAUUACUUGACAGAUAUGGCUAAUGAUAAUUGGGAUUCGUUUAGAAUCGGAAAAUUGGCCAAGGAUAUCGACGACUACGAGAAAUGGAUUCUCUAUAACAGCCCUAAUAUGGCUGAUGUACUCAAUGAGUUCCCGUCCGUUCACGUGGACCCAGAAUUCCUGUUAUCGGAAUUACCUUUAGUACAGCCCCGGUAUUACUCCAUAAGUAGCUCACAGAAAGUGACACCAGACGAAGUACACCUCACUAUGGAUUUGGUUUCCUAUCAUAUCCACGAUGGAAUGGGACCAAAACGGUUGGGCAUUUGCAGCAGUUUUAUCGACAGCUUCCCGGAGACAGACAUUCCCUGUUACUUAAGAAGCGCACCGGCGUUCAGAUUACCCGAUAAUAAGAAACUACCGGUUAUUAUGAUAGGCGCCGGCAGUGGUAUCGCCCCCUUCAGAAGCUUUUGGCUCCAAAGACAGGCAGACCUACAAAAUGGAGAGGAUUGCGGCAAACUAUUCCUGUUCUUCGGGUGCCGUAGCUCUCAAUACGACAACAUCUAUGGCUCAGACUUAACACAACUGACGAGGAAGGGUGUGCUCCACGAGCUCUUCUAUGCCUUCUCUCAAGAAAAGGGACAGAAAAAGCGCUACAUUCAGGACCAGGUAUUCAAACAGAGAGCACUGCUGUAUUGGCUGAUCGCCAACGAAAGGGCGCACAUCUAUGUGUGCGGACACUCACUGAUGGCCGACGGCGUCAAGAAGUCAUUCAAUAAAGUGUUUGAAAGUGAGGGCAAAAUGAAUGAGAGCUCAGCGCAAGAAUUCUUGGCUCAACUCAUCGAUGAGGGCCGAUAUCAUGAGGACGUGUUCGGCCUUUUGCACCGAUGAGUGCACUUAAUGUCA